GUCUCCCCUCAAACACUGACAGCCUUCUACAACGAUGUUUUCCUGCGUAUACUCUCUCAUCGGACCGAAGAACCACCUUCAAACCACCGUCUAAACCGGACCCCCCCAACAUGGCCGACGACCUCUACAGCAGCACCUUCUCUGCCUCUGAAUCGGACUUCUCCUCCUCCUCCUCCUCUUCCUCCUCAGCCGCGGCCGCCUUCCUCACGCUCGAGCAGAGGGCGGCCUUCGUCUUCGUCCUCAUCCUCUUCAUAUUCCUGGGCCUGCUGAUCGUCCGCUGCUUCCGGAUCCUCCUGGACCCGUACCGGAGCAUGCCAUCCUCCACCUGGACGGACUACAUGGAGAAGGACACCUUCGACUACCGGAUUUCCUGACAGGCAGCCUGAGAGGCAGCAACCCUGACCAUCAACAGGUUCAGCUGAGGCGACGAUCACACUGAGAGAGUGAGGCAGAGACACGAGUGCACGUUUCCCCUCCAAACCAGGUUACUAUGGUGAUAAACAGGCGAGAGACCAGACCGGCAGACAGCCGGGCAGGGAAUCAGUCCCAUGUGACAACCUGAAAUUAUAGACUUUUUUUUUAUAUUUCAGCCUGUUUAGCAGAAAAAGGUUGAGAAUCGAGCCACUCAAAUCUGAAAAUUCUUUGAUACCAAAAACUACCGUUUUAUUUAGCGGCCACAUAAAAAUCAUGAGACACGUUAGCCUCAAACUCGACUCGGCUUUAACACUGCUGACUUUUCACUGGACGGCAGCAUUUCUGCUGUAAAUGACUUGAUAUCUUAGAAACUGCUAUGAAAAAAAUGCAGUUUACGAAUUUAUCAUUUUUUGGAUCAAUCUUACAGCAGCCAAACAUGUCGCUGCGAUCAACAAAAACACUGGAAAAUCAAAAACUCACACAUGGAAAGGCAAAAACUUCCAGCCUCAUGGUUCAGCCACAUGUGCAUGAAAUUCAGUUUGGCAAAUAUUCGCCUGUCGGGGUGUCAGGACACACACAGGACUCCAGGGUACCCGCAGGGCCUUAAAAGUCUUUAAAAGCCUUAAAUUUUAAAGUCUUAAAUUUUGUUUACAGUGAUUUUACAAAAGUUCAAUUUUAUAAUGUCUAAUGUUCUAAGAUUACAGACACA